CCAUAUAUGCAGUCGGAGAUGUGUCGGAGAUAUGUUUGGGAGAUGAUUCCUCUGACAGUGGGCGUGUGUGUAGGCCCAUUUUCUAGUCACGAUUUUCUUACCCAUAUUUUUGAGCGUUCUUGUAUGCGCUGACAGGACAGGAAUGUCGUACUCAGCUGACGGAGGCAGUAGCAGCGGCACCCCAGAGGAUCUCGUGGUUACGGACGGCCCUAGAUGGCACUUGCUCACAGGUGCCCUGACACUGGAGGAGCAAGUCAGGCUGUUCAGCUUCAUUCAUGAACGUGACGCAACCAACUGGGAUAAACUUAUGCCCUGCAUGAAUCCAACUCCAAAGACUCUGGAACUUGUACAAAAGGAAGGGGCACAGCCAGCUCGUGUUCUCAGCUAUGGCCCCGAUGACGAGACUGCAGUGGUUGAGAUGGUUACAAAAGCGAUAGGAAUCUUACAGUGGCGCCAAUCAAUCAAAUCAGUGACCGUUGCUACCAUACGAUACUGCGCCAGCGGGAGCCAUCCCUGCAUUGGUAGCUGUUUUCCGCCCCACAUCGACCAUUGCAAUGAUGGGAGCUCGGUGGUUUUGUUCAGCCUUGGGCGUACAGCGACCUUCCACAUCCAGACCCCUGGUAUGGCCCAGCGUCACACGUUCGAUAUGAACUCUGGCGAUGUUCUGGUGUUCGACCCGUCAUCUGAAGCAGCAGUUGUCCACGGCGUCGCUAGCGUCGCAUCUGGGGAGGAAGGGAGUGUAAGAGGGGAUGAGCUGGUGGCAAGAUUCGACGUUUUGCGUAGCAGUCGGUUCGGCGUACAAUGUCGCGUGUCAUUCGUAGAAUAAACCCCUAGGGCAUUUCCCUUCUAGAUCGAAUCUUCUUCAUACCACAGGUACUCCAUACUAUGUAUCACUUCUAAGUUUCUUGAGCUAAGUCGUUUGCCGCAUUUCCAGGCACUUGGAUGCCAUCGUUUUCACGCGUUGAUAUGUGCGUUUCAACCAAUGUACGACUGUAGGCGCAUCUCAAGCUCAUCU